AACAAUGCUCCCUUAGUUUACCUGAAACUCAAACACAAGCGCACACACAAAGCCACAAAUUGCUUGAGUCCACAAAUUUACUAGUUAAACUUGAACGGAAAUCGUUGAUACACUGGUACAGUGAUCCCUCCGAAACCAAAAGAUGCGCUUGGUUGCCUACUCCGAAUUCUAUGCCAACCAUCAGAGCAGCCGUAAAGCCAAGAUGCAGGCCCGAAAGGUGGCCAGCGAUUUGCUAACCGAUAAGUUGGUGCGGGAAAAGUUGCCACGUAACAGAGCUCCAACUUACUCGGAGUUCCGGCAGAUAAUGCGAUCCGCCGGUAAACGCACGAUGGCUGAUAGUAACUUGCUUACCUUCCGGAGCAUGGUGGAGCUGCGAAAGGCACAGAUCGAACGUGGUCGCCUUAAGAGUAUUAAGUCUAGCGUCGACUCUCGGUUAAACCGAGAUCCGACCUUCUUCAAUCGCAGCAAGCUGGUCGACGAGCUCAACCACAAGCAGAACCUCUUCCGGAAGAAUCUCCAGCUUCUUGGUAAGCUAACUGAGAUCAAUAGGGUGAAGUACACUGUGGACUGCUUCAACCGCAAGUAUCCCGCCCUGCAGCCGAAUCGGAUCAGGAUCCGUGACCUGACCGAGCGUCUUAAUCAGGAGAACCGGCAACUGGGCUGUCGUCUCUCAGCGGUCAAGUCCAAGGUGGACUCCCAGAAUCCGCUUGCUGGGCCACCCAAGCCCCUUGAGCAGAAGGCCUCCGACGAGACGGUGUCCGAAUUCAUACCCUAUAUGCCAUCACCUCGCCUGGGCAAGCGCAGUGCCCACGUCCUCCUCCGGCCCAUCGUGUACUUUGAUCUGGCGGUGCUAGAAAACAGCCAAAUCCUGGGUCGCCUGCUCCUCCAGCUCUACACAGAGAUCAGUCCGGAGGUGGUCCUGGAGUUUGUUCGCAUGGCCACGCACAAUGACGUUCAGAGCCAUCGCUUUGUCCGUAUCUUCUCCAACCUUUGGAUGGAGGGGGAACUGAUGCUGGAGAACAGAGGCACCUUAAGCGAACAUCACAGUGUAAAGCGAUCGUUCCUCGAUCCCGGCAAGCUGACCGGACUGCUCUCGUAUUCGUGGGACUAUCGCCGCAACUUCCCACAGGGACUCCUCAGCUACACCAUCAGCUUCAAGCCCCUUUCGGUGGAUCCGCUGCAGCGGGUCAUCUUUGGCCAGGUGCGCAGUGGUCUCCGUGUCCUGCAGAGCUGCCCGCAAUUUGGUACCAGAAAUGGCAAGACCAAGAAGACAGUGAUUGUGGCCCGGUGUGGCCUGCUCUAAUGGGACAGACAACAUAUCGUAGGGCCAGGGCUCAUUAUGCCUCUGCAUUAACAUAAGUCUAGAAAAAAUCGUAACAUACUUUUGCGGUCCAAUGCACCAGAAAGUUCACUCUACCCCAGAAACAAAAAAUGCAAAUAAAAUUAUAAAGUAAGCGGCAUGUAGGCACUGAGAGAAAAUGUA